AAUAGAACUUGCAGGACAAACGAAAAUGUCGCCUAAGAACUUUGACGCGCAGAAGCAGUUUUGAUGUAUUUGAAACUCCAUCCAGUCUACUGUCAACGUCGUCGGCUCGGCCCGGCGGUGCUCGGCAUCGUUCGACUCUGUCAUUCUGUCUGUCGGAUAUGCUCGAUCACCUCGGGCAGUAGCAACAGCAGCAGAGCGGGCGGACUCGUCCACCGUGGUCCAGUCACCGAUUGAGAGCUGGGGGCAGUGAGGUUGUACAGGCAGGGGCAGGAAAGAUGGCUGCUGCGGCGAACGUUGCGCCGGAGAAUCAGUACUUUUAUGAGGAUGUCGUCUAUCGCGUGGACAAACGGGGCAACGUCGUCUUCGGCAUUGUCAUGGAGAAUGACGAUCAGGAUAUGUCCGAGGAGAGCUCCGAUAGCGAAGAGAGUCUGCCGAAGCGCAAGAAGGGCGAGAUACGCAUGAUCUGGCAUCCGUCCGGCGUCGAGGAAUUGGUCAACUGUAAGAAGGUUCAUCUGGCCGAUAGGACUCUCAUGCCUGGAGAUGUAGUACGCAGGAUGAUCAAGGGAAAGGAUACGCAGAGAGGCUACUGUAGAGACAUUGAAUUGACUGCGUGUGUUCAGGUCAUUGGCACCAAGCAAGUACUCACAGACAUCAAGAGUGAAGAUCUAAUUCCAUUACAGGAAUUUGCAACAGAUAUGGCAGUCUGCAUGGACUCUUGGGUCGGUGGCAUUAGAAUGACACACUUUAAAUUAUGGUUGGUAACACCAGAUGGAUCGCACUGUGUCAUAAAUGAGAUGGAUUCUUGUGUGUUGGGACAAUUGGAAGAGACGCGAGAUAACGACAAUGAUUUUCCACACUCUACUGAAUUCUACCCUGGUCAAAGCUUAUGGGGUCCUGUUCACUGUUUGGAAGAUGCGCAGUGGAUUCAGUGCACAAAAGAGAUGAAAGCAAAGAGAAAAUUGAAACCGCAAAAAAUAACAAAAGUGAUUGUGGAGAAAGUAGAAACCGAUUGGGUCGGUGUGCAUUGGCAGUGUCGAGCGUAUUCAAAAGACGGUGCUUGGUCCGAUCAAGCACAACCAAAAUUUGUAGUCGAGGGUGAAGAUCUGAAAAAACUGAAAUUGCUAAAUGUAUUCGAGCCUUCGACGGUACAAGUCGGCGAUCGGAAUUUUUACAUCAUUAAGGGGAACGAAAAUGUUAUUACCCGUGAACAGUGGCGAAAACAGCAGAGGGAUAUUUACCAAGUUCCUAAGCAGAGUCCAAAGAAGACGCGUCCGAAUAUUACGGUGACGAAGCAGCCGGAAGAUAAGAAGAAAGAGCAGAAAAAGGAUAAAAUAUUCAAUCAACGAUCGACAGAGGAGAGCAGUCAAAGUAAUGGUGUUAAUUCACAGGAUGUCACGAGUAAUAAUACUUUGAUGCCACCCCCUCAAAAUUCGCACGCUGAAAGUUCAGACGAGUGGGAUACUGAAGAUACUACUGGUUCGCAAAGUGACACCGCUUCGGUCUCUAGUGGCUGUUCUAGCAUGUCAUCAAUGGGGAAGAAAAAAAAAGGUCCUGCAUUGAUGACGAAAGUGCUGAAGAAAAAGAAGUUGCGAAAAGCGAAAAAGAAAGUACCACCUGUUCCAUUAAUUCCCGGAACAAAGAUAGUUGUAGAAACGUUGUCCACUAAUACAAAAGCUAAUGUGGUGUGGCAAGAUGGUUCAGUAGAAUUUGGCAUACCAUCAACACAAUUAUAUCCAAUUCAUCACUUGGAUGAUAAGGAAUUUUUCCCAGGUGACUUUGUUGUAGAUCAAAAGGAGGAAUCUAGAAUGUAUGGUGUUGUACAAAGUGUCGAUCAUCAAGGUCGUACUGCCAAGAUAAAGUGGUUCCGAACAUACACUUCUAGUCAAAGUCCAGAGCCGAUCUUCUUGGAGGAACGCGAAGUGAGCGUUUACGAUUUGAAGGAUCAUCCAGAUUUUCAAUACAGACCGGGAACUUUGGUAAUUCGAAUAGCGAAUUUCGAAGGUGAGGAUGCUGGAUGCACCGCCGGUCAAGUAUUGGACAAUUAUCCAGAAGGACGAGUGAAAGUAUGGUGGGUUGAUGGUCAUAUUAGUAUGUGCUGGCCACAAGAUUUGUACAAGGUCGGGGAAUACGAUAGUGACGAAGGGGAAUUGUGGGAUGAUGUUUCAUCUGAUUCGUCAUGGGAAACAGAAUUAGAGGAUUGCUUUAUCGCCGACAAUGAUGGCACCGAACAGACAGAAUUGGAGAACAUAAAACCGAAGUUAGCCGCGCACAUUGAGAAGGCCAGGAUUGCUAUGUCGAGAUUGGAAGAAAUCUUUACACAGAAUCCAUCGUUGCAGACAACAGAAGUAAUGAGAAAACUUUUAGAGGUCUACAAAGAUUGUCGUUAUAUGGACAAAUUGAUGGGCACCUCGUUUUUUCACGAAUGCCACUUCCAAGGGCUUCUCGAACGGGUGAGAGAACGCGGUAGAGCGAAUGUCGCGCAACGUAUGGCAGAUCAAGUGACGAGACUCUUCACACCCAAAUCCGAAUGUCCAGAAGAAUCUCUGGAUAAAGAUAAUUUAAAGAAUUCGAGAAACAGCGAUGAUCAAUGUGCAAUUAGUGUACCUGAGGAACAGGUCAUUGCAAUCAUUAAUAGAUCGGAUAUUGACAGUACUAUUAGUACCGAAAACAAUACCAAAAAGCAGGAUGAUGAGAAGCCAGUUAAUCAAUUGUUCAUACGUCCCAAUCCAAAUCCCGAAGAUUCUGGAUUGUACUCGGCAGAGAACUCGAAAAAGGAGUCGGAUUCGAGUGAGUCCAGUGGAGAAUUCCUCAUGAAUGAAGACGUUAACAAUGCGCCAGAAUGCUCGUCCAUGUUGAGCAGCGCAAAUUUGUCCGACAAGACAGAACCGAACAAGGUGAAAAAAGUGCCGACGAGUCUUGUGACUUCUCAGAACAUCGGAACGUCGCAUGUGUGUGUCAAGCUAUGUAAUCUGAUAAAAGCUCAGCUCGUGUUGGCGCACGCCGAAGUGUCUAGGAGGUUUGGUUUGGGCAGAAUGUCAUUAUCGGACGCAGACAAAACUUCCCCGCGGAAGAAACAGAAAGGCGAAGAAGAGGAGGAACGCGUGGAGGUGAUGACAGAUCCAUCCGAGUGCUCCGUCGAAAUUCCACCGCCUAUUUAUACCGAGGGUGAAGGUUUUUCUAUAGAAGAAACCGCGCCCGAUAGUCAUAAAUUUAAGCUGACCAUGUUUCAACCCACCGAUCCGAGCAAUUUCUUCAGAACUGUCUCCAAAGAAUUGAAGUUGCUAAAGAGCUCACUUCCGCCAGGUGUGUGGGUAAAGGGAUUCGAGGAUCGUAUAGAUCUGUAUUCCGUAAUGUUCCGUGGUCCCGAGAAAACGCCCUACGAGGAUGGUCUCUUCCUCUUUGACUUCCAAUUAUCGGCUGAUUAUCCAGCUGCGCCGCCGCUCUGUCAUUAUAUUUCCUACUGUAGUGAUCGGUUGAAUCCCAAUCUCUAUGAAGAUGGGAAAGUGUGCGUAAGCUUGCUGGGAACUUGGUCCGGUCGCGGUACGGAGGUAUGGACGAGCUCGUCGACCCUGUUGCAAGUCAUCGUCUCGAUACAAGGUCUAAUCCUCGUGAGUGAGCCAUACUUUAACGAGGCCGGCUUCGAGAAACAGAAGGGCUCGCAGCAGGGACGCGAAAACUCGAGAAUGUAUAACGAAAUGGUGGUGCUAAAACUGGUGCAGGCGCAAACCAAGUUGCUGCUGCAUCCACCACCUGUAUUCAAGGACAUUAUCAUCGCACAUUUCAAGAAACAUGCCGAGAAACUGCUGCAAAGGCUGGAACUGUGGAUGGAGAUAUCCGAGCAGCAUAACAAUCAGCAUCCGUUAUCUCCUGUCACUCCCACUACGUUUAAAGAAAUCGCCAAUAUUGACGAGAAGGUAUUGCCCGAAUUCCCGCUCAUUCCAGCAUCGCGCGGUUUCUGCAUAACCCUCUGCAAGACUUUAGCAACGUUUAAAGAGGUGCUCAUUAAAGAGAAUAUAAUACAAAAGCCGAAAGAAUGUCAGAACAAUGAAAACAUUGUGGAGUUAAGGAACAAUACUGCAAAUCAGUGCCAAGAAAUGUCCACAUCGAUUAACAGUAAAGUAGCAGAAUGUAAGAGCAGUAGCGGCAUGAGCAAUACGCAGGAAAAUAAUAAAAUUUUAACAUCAAAUGGCAAUCAAUCCAUUAAGGAAGUGACGUCAUCUUCCGCAACGAAUAUCUUUGCAGCAGCGCCGAGCGAAACGAAAAAGAAUCUUUUGAGCCAAAACACCAGCUAGCCACAAGGUAAAAUAAAAAAAUUUAUCGUAUAUGCGGAAUUUCAAAUCACAAACGUACGCUGACACGCAACAUAUACGUGCGAUAUACCUAUCGAUAAUAUUUAAUAACGACACGAUAAUUUUUAAUAGAAAUACUGUGGCAGUUAUUGCUAAAGAUAUUUGUUCUAAGAGUAACCAAUAGAAAAAGAAAAAAAAGAGAAAGAACGUAAAAGCGCGAUAAUAAUAGCAUGCAGGAACAAAAAAGGCAAUUUUGCAACUUACACACAACACAAAGAUACACAUACACAAAAACUUCAUAUAUUAUCAAGACGAAUUAUAAAAUUAUCGCGUUAAUUCGACAUCGAAGUAAAAAGAAGAAAAACAAGAUCUAUAUAAAGCUCCUUUUGCAUUUAGUUCCAUAUACUUUUAAAUAUAAGAUAUUACGUUGCAAAUUUACUGUAACAAGUAUAAAAAAUUAGCUGAAAUCUCUGCUAAGGGAAUAUAUAUAUAUAUAUAUAUAUAUAUAUAUAUAUAUAUAUAUAUAUAUAUAUAUAUAUAGUACAGAAGGAAAGAUCAGAAUUUGCCAUGUAAAACAAAUAUGGAGAACAAAAUAUGGCGAGAAAUAAAGACCAGUAGCAAUACGCCGAACUAAGGAGGAAACACGUUGCAAUAGGAUUUUAAAAGGAUAAUAAUAGCAUAUUAAUUCUGCGUAGCACAUUUUCAUGACUGCACUUUCAGUAAUGUGUGAUUAUUGUCGAAAUCAUAAAUCGAUUAUUCCCGUCGAAAUAUAUAUAUCUUGGAAUUACUAUGCCAUCCAAGUAGAAUGUUGGACCUUUAUAAGAAAGGUACUUGCAAUGAAUCGCUUGCUCUUAUGAAGAAUCUCAGUGGACUUCCACACGAACUUCCACUUCUUUCAGAAAUUUUAUCCCAACAGCUGGUCGAAAAUAAAACUUAAGCGCUGCCAGACGAUCAGAUUGAGGCUCGAGAUUUGUUUGCUUCAAAAAUAUAAUGGGGAUUGCUCUCUGCAUCAAGUUAUUCAAAAGAUCUUUCUUAUAAACGCUCAACAUUGUACUGCGAAUAUUCUCAAGCGAAACUAUAAAGAGUGACUUUAAUCGCAGACGUAGAGGAAAAUAGCUUAGGGAAAAAAACUAGAUCCAUAUCUAGAUGAAAUCUUUACGAUGACUAUGUCCAAUGUAUAUGGAUUUUCUUAGCACAUAGCUUGUAAAGCGUAGAAAUUUAGAAAGAAAUGCGUUAUCCUUACGGUCAAUGUUUUGUCGAGAUCUUCGUCGAAGGUAGAUCUUCCUUUUUCAUUCCUAUAAUUUUUCGAGACAUAUAUUUGCGAAAGAGGACUGAUUUGAAUUAUUUACUCGAGUACUGUUCUAAUGAUUAUUACUAUCGUUAUCAUUAAGUUGAUUAAUGAUUAAAAUGGACGAGAUAAACACAGUAUGUGUAUACAGUAUUAUUCAUUUAUUUUGUUUAAUGAUUUUCGCGUAACGUAUCUUUCUAGGAUCAGGGAGUUGUUUUUUUGUGUAAAACUACCGAUGCACAUAUAAGGUGAUAACGGGAUAAAAAGUAGAAUGACACAAAAAAAGGUUUUCAGAUCAAUUUAAUAAUUAAAAGUUAUGGAAUGAUAUUUAAAUAUUUAUCGAUAGUUGUUUUCCUCUUUGUUACCUUUCUUUCAUCAUCCUUUAAACGUGAAAAAAAAUAUGUAUAUCGAAAUCAUCAUCAUUUAAUCGACUAGCGCCCGUAUUUUCUGUACAUCAAUUGAUUUCUUUCUGUCGUUUAGUGAAGGAUAAGGAGACUCUUAAAGAGAUUUACGGUGCUAAUGAAAGAAAGUUGCGAGAAAAGAGAUGAAGGUGUUUUUGAGAAGAGUAUACGAUCCUUAUUAGAAAGUGUAAAUGGACAUGCUAAUAGAGGCGGAGAAAAAAGGCGCACUGUAAAGCCGCCAAAAUGUUUGGGAUGCCUUGUAUACGUGCCAGCUGUAUUUACAUUGAUUACAACAAUUGUAUUCGUGAUUCGUGUAUUUGAAAAUUUAUUUCAUAAUUUAUGGCAUUUGUUCGGCAGGACAAAGAAGGAAAGAAAAAUAGAGAAAAGCAACAAGCGUAAAGAAGCCGCUGCUGAAUGUGCGACUCGCAAACAAUUAUGAGCGUAAAAAAAAAGAAAAGAAAAAAAGCACAUGUUCUAGUCUAACAUCAAGUUAUGUACGGCAAAUUAAUUUUAUAUUUAACUUUUUAUUUAUAAUUUUUAUUUUAUUUUGUUCGAGAUUGUUUUUCCUGUCUUCGUUUUCUCAUUCAUUAUCUCUUAAGCUUCUUUGUAUAAGAAAUUAUAUAUUUAAGAUUGUUAUAUUUUAUUAUUUAAGAUUUAUUCUCUCAGUGUCACAAAUCAUCGUUUUACAUCUAUAAAGUUCUAUAUCUUUGGAGACAUUCGUUGAGAUCAUUCAUUUGUUUAUUCUAUCCAUUGUACUACGUUGGCAUCGACCAAAUCGAAAUUGCAGUUUCAUACUAGUUUGCUACACAUGUAAUUCAGUUUUCUUAAUUCGGAUCAAUAAAAAGUCAUUAUAGGAUCAACGGA